CGGACUCUGCGGACUAACAGAAAUCAUGGAUUUGAAUUGGGAUCGCCGGAUUUAAAGAACGAAGACUCAGGCCAACCUCCAGGUCGGUAAAGAACAAAUAGUGGAAGAUAUUUCGGAAUCUGGAUUUUAAAAGUACGUUACAUAUCUUACAACAUAUCCAGAACGACAUAAUCCAAUCAUCAUUCGGACCGAAGAAGACUGAAAAUAUUUGGUGAAAAUGCAUAUAGUAGCUGUAUGGGUCACUAUUGUAUUGGCACAUUCGAGCAGAGUGCUCGUAGUUGGAGACCAAACGCAGUAUAUUAGUCCUUUGUCUGCACAAAGGACAGCGUUCAGCGAAAUUGGUUUCAACGACAAGCGAUCGAAUAUGGCAGAACCUUCGUGUGAAGAGUUGCGAGCUAUGUGGAGAUACAGUAAACGACAAAGCAGAGCUGCAGAAACUACCAAUGAACUACCAAUGUAUCGCGACCCAUUUUCCUACAAUGUAUGGGAAACCUACCCAAGUCGUUCACAGUCAUCGCUCGGUUAUCGAGAAGAUUUUACCGGACCGGCAAGAAGUAGAUCUGGUGGUGUUCCAAUUUAUGGAAAAGUGGUCCAUAAGGCCCCAGCAGGAAGUAGAUUGAGAAAUGGAAGUCCAGAUAGAUCGAGGGCUUUCGAGGAGGUUACAAGGAUGUAUGGAACAGUAAAUCGUCAUCCACCAGCUUCCCAUCGACGACUCAACUUCAGAGUCGGUGGCGGAACUGCUCCAUCGGCGUCUCAAGUGCCUCAGGCAGGAAGCUUUCAACACCUCAAGGAACUAAUACUUACCGAACGAGCACGAGAACUACAGGAACAACGUCGGGCUGAAGAAAUCGCCGCCAGAGCAUCAACCCUAAAAGAAAUUACAAAUGGUGAGCGACAAAAGAACGAGGAUGAUGCCAGGAGUCAUUAUUUAAAUUCCUUACAAGGUUAUCAGAGUUCGAAGAACGUCAAUUACGAUUUUAAUCCAUCUCAGUACGUUUCCGACGUAACGAAUCUCGGGGAAUCACUUUCGAGAGGCGAUCAAUACGGCCGAGAAUAUAUGUUGCGUUAAAAUGGACUCAAUCCACCAUUAAAAAGGAAAACGCUCUCAAAAAAUUGAAAAGAAACUAAUCAAGCGUUAUCCUCCACCUAGCCGCAAACAGAAGAAGAAGAUGAAGUCGAAAACAGUCCACCAACUGAC